UCAAUGGUAAUCAGUAGUGCUUUCAAUAUUAAUGCAAUACGACGUUGUGCAAAAUGUUCGCGUAUUUAGUGGUAGCUGUUAUAUUUCUGUGCAUUCUCCACAUUUUGCUCAACUACAACAGAAAGGCUCGAUUGAUAAGGAAAUUACCCGGGCCUAGAGAUGACUUCAUCAUUGGCAAUGGAUUUACUGUUAUACGUUCUCCAGUUGAGACCAUGAAAUUAAGAAGAGAAUUCUGCACAGAAUUUGAUGGAAUCUUUAGAGUAUGGGUUUGCCCCAUGGGAGCGAUUUUCGUAUACAAUCCUGAGGAUAUUGAGAUACUCAUGUCGGGCAUGAAAUUUGGUGAAAAAAGUUUCAUCUAUAAUUUCUUGAAAAAUUGGCUGGGAGAUGGUUUGCUCGUCAGUAACGGUGCAAAAUGGCAGACACGCAGGAAGAUCCUGACUCCUGCUUUCCACUUCAAUAUACUGAAGCAGUUCUGUGAGAUAAUAGAUGAGAACAGCGAGAGGUUCCUGGAAGCGCUGAACCAGACUGCGGGGAAGCCCAUCGAUGUGGUGCCUGUACUCUCGGAGUUUACCCUCAACUCCAUCUGUGAAACUGCAAUGGGCACUCAAUUAACCGACGACAACAGUGCUGCCAGAUCGUACAAACAAGCUAUUUACGAUUUAGGAUGUUUAAUUUUUCAAAGAUUCGUCAGAGUAUAUCUGUAUCCAGAGUUUAUUUUCAAACUAUCACCAAUGGGACGGAAGGAAAAUAGAUAUUUGAAAGUUGUGCACAGUUUUACUGAGAAUGUCAUAGAACAAAGGAGAGAAUACAUCGAGAAGAAUGGCAUCAACUUUAAUGAACAAAUUGAGGCUGACGAUGAUGACUCGUAUGUUUAUAAGAAAAAGAAGAAAACUGCAAUGUUAGACUUACUUCUGUCCGCUCAGAAAGAAGGACAUAUUGACAAGAGCGGUGUGCAAGAAGAAGUGGACACUUUUAUGUUUGAGGGCCACGACACUACUGCUAGCGGUCUGACAUUUUGUUUUAUGUUAAUCGCUAAUCAUAAGGAGAUUCAGGAUAAAAUUAUCCAAGAGCUAGAUGAUAUAUUCGGUAACGAGGACCGACCUAUUAAGAUGGAAGAUUUAGCGAAGAUGAAGUAUUUAGAAUGUUGCAUCAAGGAGUCCUUGCGACUUUAUCCACCAGUGCACUUCAUAAGCCGCAAUAUAAACGAAGAUACAGUUCUAAGUAAUUACAAGAUACCAGCAGGAGCAUAUUGUCACAUCUUGAUCUCGGACUUGCACUUGAGACCCGACUUGUUCAAGAACCCGACAGUGUUCGACCCUGACAGGUUCUUACCAGAGAACAGUGUCGGCAGACAUCCAUACUCAUAUAUUCCUUUCAGCGCUGGACCUAGGAAUUGUAUAGGUCAAAAGUUUGCGAUGAUGGAGAUGAAGAUAGCGGUCGCGAGGGUGCUGAGGAAGUUCUACCUGUCUCCCGUCACGCGACCCUGCGACAUCACGUUCACUGCUGACUUGGUACUCAGGAACGACGGUCCAGUGCUCGUCAAUUUUGUUAAACGAGAUUCAUAAGCGAACAAUCAUAACGUAUUUGUAUGUAAUUGACUGCUAUGAAUAGUUUUAUAAAUAUAAGAAUCACAACUA